AUGGACGACCUUUUGGAGCUCGAGCUCCUGUCGCUCGUCUCCAAGGUCACAUCGGAACUGCAGAACCACAUGGGCGUCUCCGACAAGACCCUCGCCGAGUUCAUCAUCGCCCAGCGCGUCGAGUGCGCCGACACGGGCCUCGCCGGCUUCCAGAAGAAGCUCGCCAGCCUGGGCGCCGACUUCCCGCCCAGCUUCGUCGAGAGCAUCGACCGCCUCGUGCUGGCCAUGCACCCGAAGCUCAAGGGCAAGAAGACGAACGGCGCAGACGACGCGCAGCAGCACCACCACCACCGCAGCGCAGAGGAGAAGGAGCAGAUCUUCAAGGGCCUGGCCGUCCCCGACAAGGAGGUCGGCGCAGAUGCUUUCGACGACACGUUUGCGCUGCUGGAGGGGCUCGAGGGCCGCGCGCGGCAGGAGAAGACGUCGGCGAGGAAGAGGAGUCGCAGCCCCGAGGACGACCGCGAAUCCCGACGCAAGAGGCGAGACAGGUCGAGAUCAAAGGAGAGGCGGAGGCGGCGGCGGUCAAGAUCGAGGUCCCUCGACGACGAGCAUGGCCCUGCGCUCAAGCAGAGGAGAAGCAGGAGGCGGGAGCGCGACUACAACGACUACGAGGACGACGACAGGCUGCGGAGGCCGCCCCCUACAGAGCUGGACGAUGCGCCGCAGAUCCAAAAGGUGUAUCCCGGGCGGGUCACCGGCGUCAAAGAUUUCGGAGCCUUUGUCAACCUUCAAGGCGUUCGUGGCAAGUCGGAUGGGCUGGUGCACGUUUCGCAGAUCUCAGAGCAACGGGUCAACCACCCGUCCGAUAUCCUCAGCCGAGACCAGCCGGUCUGGGUCAAGGUCAUCAGCGUCGAUGGCAAUCGAAUAGGGCUUUCGAUGAAGCAGGUCGACCAGGAGACAGGAAUGGACCUUGUUCCACAAGCAAGGAUAUCAUCCGGCGCCAACAUGGAAGCCUUGGGAGGCGGAGGAGGAGACAGGAAUGGCAACAUGUUCGACGCUGGGGUCAUGCCACCACCAAAUCAACGGCCGCAGCGGCAGAAGAAGAGGAUGACUUCACCUGAAAGGUGGGAGAUCCGGCAACUGAUCGCAUCAGGCGUCGCAAAGGCCUCUGACUACCCCGACCUCAACGAAGACUACAAUGCAACGUUGCGUGGUGAUGGCGAGAUGGAGCUCGAGGAGGAGGUCGAUAUCGAGGUUCGCGAGGAAGAGCCCCCGUUCCUGGCCGGACAGACGAAGCAGUCUCUUGAGCUGUCGCCGAUUCGCGUCGUGAAAGCACCGGAUGGCUCGAUGAAUCGCGCAGCCAUGUCAGGCACUGCACUCGCCAAGGAACGGAAGGAGUUGAAGCAGCAAGAAGCAGAGGCUGCAGCACAAGAGGAGAACAAGGUUGAUCUCUCUACACAAUGGAACGACCCCAUGGCCGACCCCGACAAGCGCAAGUUUGCCAGCGACAUGAGAAACGCGAGACAGCAAGCGCCCAAGCCCGAUGCCGUCCCGGAAUGGAAGCGUGCUGUGCAGCCCAAAGACCAAUCGUUUGGAAAGAGGACAGACAUGAGCAUGAAGCAGCAGCGGGAGUCUCUGCCUGUCUUUGCUUUCCGCCAAAAGUUUCUCGACGCCGUCAACGACCACCAGGUCAUGGUUGUCAUUGGAGAGACAGGCUCUGGCAAGACUACUCAGCUCACACAAUAUCUAGCUGAAGGUGGUUUCGCCAAUCAUGGUGUCAUUGGAUGUACGCAACCGCGUCGUGUGGCUGCCAUGUCUGUCGCCAAACGUGUGGCGGAAGAAGUCGGCUGCCCCUUGGGCGAAGAGGUUGGCUACACCAUUCGAUUUGAGGACCGGACCAGCCCGGCAACGAGGAUCAAGUACAUGACGGAUGGUAUGCUUCAGCGUGAGAUCUUAGUCGACCCCGAUCUCAAGCGGUACUCGGUCAUCAUGCUUGACGAGGCGCACGAACGUACCAUCUCGACUGAUGUGUUGUUUGCUCUGCUGAAGAAGACGAUGGCCCGCCGCAAGGACCUGAAGGUCAUUGCCACAUCAGCAACUCUCGACGCCGAUAAAUUCUCCUCGUACUUCAACGGGUGUCCCAUCUUUACGAUCCCUGGUCGAACCUUCCCCGUCGAAGUCUUGUAUUCUCGCGAACCGGAAUCCGACUACCUCGACGCAGCUCUGGUCACAGUGAUGCAGAUUCACCUCACUGAGCCGCCUGGAGACAUCUUGCUAUUUUUAACUGGACAGGAGGAAAUCGACACAUCGUGCGAGAUUCUGUUCGAGCGGAUGAAAGCUCUAGGGCCAAAUGUACCUGAGCUGCUGAUCCUUCCCGUUUAUUCAGCUUUGCCGAACGAGAUGCAGAGUCGCAUUUUCGAUCCGGCACCGCCGGGCUGCCGGAAGGUCGUCAUCGCCACCAACAUCGCUGAGACAUCCAUCACCAUCGACAAUAUCUACUUUGUCGUUGACCCCGGAUUUGUCAAGCAGAACGCCUACGACCCCAAACUCGGCAUGGACUCUCUUGUCGUCACCCCUAUUUCACAGGCUCAGGCCAACCAGAGAGCUGGCCGAGCAGGGCGUACCGGCCCCGGCAAGUGCUUCCGUCUGUACACCGAAGCAGCCUAUCAAUCUGAGAUGCUGCCCACAACGAUUCCCGAAAUCCAGCGUCAAAACUUGUCACACACGAUUCUCAUGCUCAAGGCUAUGGGCAUCAACGACUUGCUGCAUUUUGACUUUAUGGACCCACCUCCAAUCAACACCAUGUUGACGGCUCUUGAAGAGCUGUAUGCGCUUAGUGCGCUAGACGACGAAGGUCUUCUGACACGUCUCGGCCGCAAAAUGGCCGACUUCCCCAUGGAGCCUUCGCUUGCGAAGGUCCUCAUCAUGUCCAUCGACAUGAACUGCUCAGCCGAGAUGCUCAUCAUCGUCGCAAUGCUCAACCUGCCCAACGUGUUUUACCGUCCCAAGGAGAAGCAGACACAAGCCGAUCAAAAGAAGGCCAAGUUCCACGACCCCGCGGGCGACCACCUGACCCUCCUCAACGUCUACAACUCCUGGAAGCAGUCGAGCUACUCAAGUCCCUGGUGCUUCGAAAACUUCAUCCAGGCCCGCUCAAUGAAGCGAGCCAAAGAUGUCCACGAUCAGCUUGUCAAGAUUAUGGACCGAUACCGCCACCCUGUCGUCAGCUGCGGACGCAAUACACAGAAAGUCCGACAGGCGCUCUGCUCGGGCUUCUUUCGCAACGCCGCGCGCAAGGAUCCGCAGGAGGGGUACAAGACGCUCACUGAGCAGACGCCGGUUUACCUGCACCCGAGCUCGGCCUUGUUCGGCAAGCAAGCAGAGUGGGUGAUUUAUCACACGCUGGUACUCACGACGAAAGAGUACAUGCAUUGCUCGACAUCUAUUGAGCCCAAGUGGCUAGUGGAGGCGGCACCGACGUUCUUCAAGGUGGCGCCGACGGACAAGCUGUCGAAGAGGAAGAAGGCGGAGAGGAUCCAGCCGCUGUACAACAAAUUUGCCGGGGAGGACGAUUGGCGUCUCAGUGCGCAGAAGAAGGGGGGACGGUCUGGAGGCGGUGGUACCUGGGGAUAA